GUGCCUUCGUUUAAAAGUGUUUGUGCCUUCGUUUGUCAUAAAUACAGGUUAAUAUGUCUACCGAAAUGGAGAAAUUAAAAAAGUUACGUGUUAUACGCUCACAGUGCAAAGGAACCAUUACAAGAAUCGACAGUUUUGUCAAGGAUCCCGUAGCUUUGGCAGCCGCCAGCGCCGAUAUAUUAGAGGCGCGUAAAGAGAAGCUUAUUUCCACCUUAAAAGAUUACGAAAAGGUGCAAAUGGACAUCCUAAGCAUUGAUGAAGGCGACGGUGAACAGGUGGGAGAUAUUGAAGAGAAAUACUAUUCCAUAUUAGCAAAAAUAAAUAGCUCUCUUAAAAUGUUAAAUACAAAAGUGACUUCGGAGUGCCACAACGCAUCCACAUGUAAGUUACCCACAAUUGAAAUACCCUUUUAUGACGGAAAGGAUUUCACUAAAUUUAAACCCUUUUUCGACUUAUUUACUGCUGUCAUUGAUCGGAAUACCUCGCUGUCUGAUGUGCAAAAGCUUUUUUAUUUGAGAAAGUACCUACAGGACGAUGCGUUGGCGGUUAUUCUGAAUUUGCCGUUGGUAAAUGAGUCAUAUAAAGAAGCAAUACAAUUAUUAAAAAAGAGAUUUGACAAUAAGGCUAGAUUAGUUGCAAAUCAUAUAGGUAUAUUGUUAGAUAUUUCUAAUAUACAAAAGGGCACAGCGGCUUCCAUACGAACAUUUGUUUCACAAAUAAAUCAACAGAUGCAUGCAUUAAAAAAUCUAGAUGAACCCGUUGAUAAAUGGGACAUGCUUUUGAUAUCAAUUUUGACUCGAAAGUUAGAUCAAUUCACAAACCGGGCAUACCAAUUAGACCGGGACUCAGACACCAUGCCUACGAUGGCUGGUUUCAUUGAAUAUUUAGAAAAGCGUGCUAUAGCGCUCGAAGAUAGUCAUCAAAAUAAACAUAGUACCUACUAUGAUGGUGCUAACAAACAUGUUAAUAAUAAAAGUACUUGCUAUGAAGGUACUCACAAAUCAAUACCUAAGGUUACAAAUGUGGUAUCGAAGUCGUUGCCGCCCUGUAGGUAUUGUGAUAAUAAAGACCAUCAGAUAUAUAACUGUCCUAUAUUUAAAAUUUUGCCUAUCGCUCAGAGGCAAUCUUAUGUAAAUGAAAAGCACAUGUGUAAUGUAUGCCUUAAUAACCAUGAUGGUAAAUGUAAAUUUACUUUUAAAUGUAAAAUGUGUAAACAGGGCCACAACACAUUGCUGCAUCAGGAGCGCAAUGUGAAUGUGGACAAGCCCAGGACAAAUAAUGAUGACAGUCAGCAGCCACUAUCAUCCGAUGCUGGGCUGCAUUAAAACUGAAAAUGGACCGGUAUUUCAGAAUACCAUGUUAGGAUAUGUUGUCGGAGGAAGUAUCCCCGAGCAAGGUACUACAUGUAAUAUUGUAACAAAUUUAAUUAAUAUAUCUGAUGGUGAAAAAUUGGAAAAUGUAAUGGAGCAAUUUUGGCUCUCUGAAAAGCUUCCUGAAGUGGAAAAAUCUACAAAUGAUGAGUUUAUUCAAGCUGAAAAAAUAUUUCAGGACUCUGUAUCACUAAAAGACAAUAUAUUUUAUGUUGAUAUGCCAUUAGCUUUCCCCAUGGAAGAGUUAGGCCUAGGUGACUCAUUUUCUGUUGCCUAUAAUAGAUUCAUAAUGUUAGAAAAAAGGUUACAAAAAGAUCCUUUGUUAUUUGAACAAUAUAAAAAAUUUAUUGACCUAUAUCUGGAAUUAGGACAUGCAAAGAUAGUUGAUAUUGAGGGUUAUGAUUUAAAUGGUCCUGUGUUUUUUCUAGGACACCACUGCGUGUUCAAUCCUUCCAGUCGAACCUCACCUCAUCGUGUGGUCUUUGAUGGAUCAAUGAGAUCUAGAAAUGGGACAUCGCUGAAUCAAGUCAUGCUGAACGGACCUGUUGUACAGAGUGAGCUCUUUGAUAUCCUUAUUUUAUUCAGGACUUAUCCCUUUAU